UCCUGUAGUGAGUCGGACCCGUUGAGACAUCACUACGCCUGUUUAAUGGUCUCAUAACACGGAACUGGCCUGUAGGUGAACUCUUUCGACAUAAUAAUGAUAACUUUUCCUUAAGAAGAAGCACAUACUUCCCGGUACUUGAAAUACAAAAACGACUGUACUGUGUGAUACUACAGUGUAUUGGUACAUAAUGGACACGUGCCCGUUGUUGUUUGGUAAAGUUACCGAGCCGCAAUCUGUCGGGAAAACUGAGGCUAAAAUUGCAGUCAUAAAAUUCCAUAAAUACUAUACACAUAUUGGUUUGAACAUAUUUAAAACUUCAAUGACUUAUAUUGUAUCCAAAACGAACGUGUGCAACCUUUUCCCGACUACUUCCUAUCUCACCAGAAGUAGGGUUAAGGCCAUGUUUACGUCAUUAUUAUGCAUUUGCGAAUUCACGAGAUGUCACGACAGCAGAAUCCAACGAAUAUCGACUUUAUCUUCGACUGGGUCAGAGGUAACGUUUACACAACACACGUGCUGAGUGCUACUCUUAGCCGAUUCUGCUCUCACCUCCAAAGGAAAUGCUCUUCUUUGUUGCCGACAAACCCUUUUUCCUCACUCAACGCACUCUAGUCGUCUCUUAUUGUGCAUCAAAUCGGCUUUCAAUGAAAGAAUGGGAAUAAUUUUAAAUUUGCCAUUUCAUGGACAAGCAUGCUACUUGCCAAAUGUCAUCAUCAUGAGCCUUCUGAUUAUUCAGACAUCCAAUCAGCAUUUUCUAUUCAAUUUUAAAAGAUGAAUAUUUUCAGCACAUAAGAAACUUAAUUAAUCAUACUUACAUAAGUAUAUUGAUUGAUUAAUGUAUUACACCGUAAACAAAAUGGAAAUUCUGAACCAUCAAUCAUCCUAUUUCUGGUAGUUAGGAAGGUAUUCUAAUGGUUAGCAGUACUACAUUUGACAUGUGUGCGUGUUUAUGUGAAUACUAACUUUCGUUAUUUCUUAUCUAUGGCAGAUGGUAAUGGUCACAGGGAAAGCACACUUACACUUGUAUAGCCCUGAAGUGUAGUCCUACUUCGUUCUUUUGUUUCUUACACGUGUAAUUGAAAAUGAGACCAAAAUUACUUGUCUUUAUCGGUACCACUUUAUGUUUGAUUAUUGUAAUAGCAUGGACAUUAGGACAUCACUUUACCUAUUACGCAUUUGAUCUUUUUCAUAGUAAAGAGACACCGCUCUUAGAACAAACGAUAAAAUUUAAACAAAUCACCACAGCAUCGCAUCUCACUACAUCAACGGUGCAAAGACCUCAACCUGUUCAAUUGGAUUCUUUACGUAAACAGAGACGCGACCAUCUACUGAAGGCGUGUGAGGCCGAUGACGUCAGAUACCACGGAACGUACCAGGUACCGUACACCGUACAGGAGCGUAUGCAGGUUUCGAAGAAACAUCGCCUACUCUACUGUGGACUGGAGAAAGCCGCGUCCUCUUUCAUGAAGAGGAUCUUCAUGAUACUGAACGGAGCAGAGAAAAAGUCACCGUAUGAUAUGCCGACAGGCUUAGCUGGUUUCGGGGUCCCCAACUUGUCAGAUUUUAAGCCAGCGACAGUCCCAGAUAUGCUGCAAAAUUCCACCAUUGUUAUCAUUAGCCGAGAUCCUUAUACCCGGCUUCUCUCGGCAUACAUUGACAAGAUCUUCUCUCCAAAUGCAAUAUUCGCUGAUAAAAUUGGCAAAUUUGCUCUACCGUUAACUAGAAAAGAGCCCUCUGAACAGAGCCUACGAUGUGGCUUCGAUCUUACGUUCAAAGAAUUCAUCAAAUAUUUUAUACAAUCAGAAAGCAGUGGCCUUCACCGAGACAAUCAUUUUGCCCCCGCCUAUCAAAUGUGUUUACCCUGUACGUAUGAUUACAAUUACAUAGCAAGAACGGAUACAUUACUGAACGACACCGUGUAUCUCCUCAGUCAGCUAGGCGAGAAACAACUUGCGGAGAAUCUACAGGUGAAUUUUACAAGCAGGAAUCGUCAGGAUAAAAUCAAAGGCCAGCCGAAUUUACUAUUUAUGUUCAGAGAUAAAUACAAAGGCUGUUUGUCCUUCUUUGAUGCACAAAGAAAAAUUUGGAAAAAAAUGCAAGCAACAGGUGUUAUUGAUAAAAAGUCGAAAUAUCCUAUCUCGCGAGAAGAAAGUGAAAACAUUACACGGACUUCGUUUGAAAGACUUUUAUUGGCGGCAGUCGGUGAUGCUUAUGACGUCACAGUUGGUAAGCAACAACGAAAAGAGGCGGCCAUUGAGGCGUAUUCUACAGUCGACAAAGAGGAUCUGGAGAAACUUAACAAAAUAUUUGCCCCAGACUGCAAGAUUUUCAACUUCAAUUGUAGACCGUCGAAGUUUUUCGAAACAGAUCCAAAGAUCAAACCGUGGUAUUUUGAUCUUGAGACUGCCUGAUUUUUAUUGAUUUAUUUUUCUUUUUUAAAUUUCAUACUGUGAAAAUGGCAAUCAAAUAGAUAACAUAUGUUUUAUUUACGGCAUUUAGAGAAACUGUACAAAACUCAAAAAACUAAUAUCAAACUACGCUAUAAAUAUUACAUAACGAAUGAUGCUUACAAAUUGUAAGAUGAAAUAAUUUGUAUAAGCUUAUAUCUUCUUAUUGAAAUACCUUUCCUGAUUAUUUGACACGUUUCAAAGCUUUUCGUUGCCUUAUAUGAAUUGAUCAAUUGAAUUAUCGAACGAAAAAACUUAUAACUCAGCACUGUAGUUAACUACCUGUUUGUAUUUAUGCUUUGCUACAUUGUAUCUUUACAUCUAAUCAAAAUUGAAUAUAUUGCAAUAGUUUUAUCGAUUUGGAGUUCGAAUAAGUUUUUUUAAACACUUCGGUAUUCUUUUGCUUUUUUCUUAUAUUAUUAAUCGAAAAUAUCCUUACCAAAGGCUAAAAAUAGAAAUGUAAUCACGCAAUAUCGGUGCCAAAUAUGGUACUAAAACGUUAACUUUCCCCCGCAUCUUCUAAAUCCAGAAGUUCCAUUCUCGAAUUACAAAUUUGCUUGUACAUCAUUUGGUUAUGUAAAGGCAAACUUGAAGGUCAUGUAUAUGAACGUUCCACCUUGCAGUAAAUACGAGGUUAGAAGUUUGUUUUUUGUCACAGAUUUCCUCAAACCUUUUAUCUGUUUGAUGCAAGCAACACAUGAAUCAUGCGAUAGCAUAACGGCAAAAUUGACCGCCUUUGAUAUUGGUGUAGCUCCUCUGUAGUCUUUUAGUGACACGUAUCAGCCUAGCGAUUGGUCAUUUUUUAUGUUUGCAGCCAAUGGAAUGGCUUACCGUGAACCUUCGAAUUCGCCAUGACAUCGCUUAAGGGUGCAGAGAAGAUAAGCAUAUCGAACGCGGAUUUCGAAUAUGUUUCAUCCGGAGAAAUUUUAUUUGUUUUCUGGUUUUCACUUUGAUCCGUGACGUUUUCCCCUGUUGUAUUUAUCUCAAUUGUUCUUUUCUUGUGAUUUCGUAUCGGUUCUGAGUGUUAUUUCUGUCCUUGUUUUUUCUCUCAAAAGGAUAAUGCUUACAUAUAUCCAUGUAGUUUAAUCAAUACAAAUCAGUUAACACAAUAAAAUAUCAGUAGA